AUGGCACGUUACCGUCUGGUCUCAGGUCUCCCAGGGUCGCUUGCACCGCUUCCCCGCUCUCCUGCGCCGCUGUGCACUCCUUGCGUCGAGGGUCGGCAGCGCGCUGCCCCUCACUCCUCCUCGUUCCCCCCCACCACGGCUCCCUUCGAGACCCUGCACUUGGACGUCUGGGGCCCCUCUCCGGUCCUUGGCCCACGUCAGGAGCGCUACUUCCUGAUUGUGGUGGACGACUACUCCCGCUACACCACGGUUUUCCCCUUGCGACGGAAGGCCGGCGUGCCUACCGUCCUCGAGCCGUGGCUACUAGCGUGGGGUGGCGCCCAGGGCCUGUGUGGGCUUCGCCUACACUCGGACCGUGGUGGUGAGUUUUCUUCCACUCGCCUGGAGACGUUCUGUCAGGGUCGGGGGAUCAUCCAGUCUUACACGCUACCAGCAUCACCGCAGCAGAACGGGGUAGCCGAGCGACGCAUCGGCCUGGUCAUGGAGGUUGCCCGGACCUCCAUGUGCCAUGCCGGUGCCCCCCAGUUCUUGUGGCCCCAGGCAGUCCGCUACGCCGCGCACCAGCUGAACCUGUGGCCCAGUGACGCACGGCCAAGGGUGACGCCGGUCUCCCUUUGGACAGGUUCUCCGGGCGUAGCAGCUGACUUCCGCGUCUGGGGUUGUCUGGCUCACGUUCGCGCCCCUGGCACGAACAAGUUGUCUCCGCGCACUCGUGCCUGCGUCUUUCUUGGCUUCCCUUUGGACGCCUCCGGCUGGGUGUUCUACGACCCGGUCACCUACCAGUUCUUCGCUUCGCAGGACGUCACGUUCGACGAGUCUGUCUGUUACUACAGGAGUCGCCCCCACCGAGGUACUCAGGCCUUUUCCCCCCCGCUGUUCCUCACCCUUGAGCCCCCACCAGUCGCCCCGGUAGCCCCCCCCCCUUCGCGUCCUGCCCCGUCAGGUGUGUCGCACGUCACUCCGCAGUCUUCCCCCCCGCAGCGUCCAGUCCCUGUCGUGUCUGGGGGUGCGGGAGGUGCAGUUGCGGAGGGUGAGGGUACUGGGGCUGCAGGAGCUGGUGGUGUCGGCUCUGGGGGUGCAGGGGUUGUGGGCGUGGAGGUCACUCCGGUGGAGGACACGGCAGCCUCGACUCGGCGGCCUCGCCCUGCCUCACCCCCUGGCUUCCCGUCCGUCCCGCAGUUUCCUCCUCCUUCUUCUCUGCGGUCGGUUGCUGCGGAGCCUGGGGGUGUUCCUGCGGGAGGUACUGGAGGCCCCGGGGGUGUCGGUGGUGGAGGUGCUGGUUCUGGGGGUGCUGGAGCUGGAGGCACUGGCACUGUGGCGCCUACACCGCGCACUGUACGUUUCCUGACCCGUGAGCAGCGUCUCCUCCGGUUGGAGAGGGAGGAGCGUGAGCGAUUUGAGAGGGCACAGCAGCAGCAGCAGCAGCAGCAGCAGCAGCAGCAGCAGCAGGAGAGAGUAGAGGAGGAGUCACAGCAGCAGCACGAGAGGGUAGCGCAGGAGUCCCGGUCGCAGCAGCGGGUGCAGCUGCAGCCGCACCAGGAGAGGGUAGAGCAGGAGUCCCGCCCGCAGCAGCAGGUGCAGUUACAGACACAGCAGGAGAGAGUAGAGGAGCAGUCACGGCCGCACCAGGAGAGGGUAGAGCAGGAGUCCCACCCGCAGCAGCAGGUGCAGUUCCAGACGCAGCAGGAGAGAGUAGAGGAGGAGUCACGGCAGCAGCAGGAGAGGGUAGCGCAGGAGUCCCGGUCGCAGCAGCGGGUACAGCUGCAGCCGCAGCAGGAGAGGGCAGAGGCGGAGCCACAGGAGCAGCAGCAGGGGCCGGUACCGUCGCAGCAGACGCCAGAGGAGGCGGAGCAGCAGCGACUGCGACUACGCGACCUCCCCGACCCAGCACCUGCAUGCUUUGUUCGUGGUCCCCUGUCGUCCCCUCCUGUUCCACCAGUUGAGUCCCUUUCCUCCUCCCAGUGGACUCGUCGUCCUCCCCUCAGUCGUGCUGUGUCUCCACAGCCCCGUCGGUCCCGUUACCGUGCAGACGGUCCGUUUCACCUUGUUCUCCGCUCUCGUGUUCCACCUCCUCCUGUCCUUCCACAGCCCCCUGAGUCGUCUCUCACUGUGCUUCACGACCCGUUGUCCGACUACCUCCGUGCCUCCCGUCCUGUCGUCUCCCGUGUUUUGUCCGCGUUGGUCACUCACCCGACUGCACCUCUGUCGUCUGUCUCAGCACUUGUUACCACUGUCUCUGGCUUUGCCUCUUCCCACCGCCUUGACUACGCCGCUCACUUGGUGAGUGGCCCUGCACGUUCUCCGUCCUCUGGGGGUGCUCCUAUCUUUCCCCUGGAGGUCGUAGAGGACAGGCAGUUCGAGCUUGGUUUUCUUGCGGCCGCUGUUCCUCAUCUCUGCGCCAUGCUGCUUGCCCCUGAGGGGGAUCCAGACGCCCUUGACAUCCCGAUCCCUCGCACUCACGCCGAGGCGGUCUCGGGACCCUGGGCUUCGUACUGGAUAGCAGCUGAGGAGGCAGAGAUGGCAUCUUAUAGGUCCACAGGCACUUACGUCGACGCAGUCCCCACCACUUGGGACGAAUGUCCCGUCAGUGGGCCGAUGGCUCUACAAGGUGAAGCGGCGCCUGGAUCACACCUUGUGUUCAAGGCACGCUAUGUUGCGAGAGGCUUCACCCAGCGCGACUACGAGUUGCACUCCUUGGACUUUUCCACCGCGUUCCUUCAGGGGAGCCUGCACGAGCAGAUCUGGGCUGCGUCGCCCGCCUGGCUUCACUGGCUUCUUUCCCACCUGGGACCCAGUGGCAGCUGCGUCGACCAGUCUACGGCCUGCGUCAGGCCCCACGUGAGUGGGCACGACACACUUCGCUCGACCCUUGCAGCUCUUGACUUCUUGCCGUCGUCUGCUGACCCAUCACUGUUCGUUCGCAGUGGCUCGACCCCGUUCUUUGUCCUGGUCUACGUCGACGACCUAGUGUUUCGCCACUCCCCGACCGACGCGCGCUGGCCUCCGUGA